CCCUCUUCCCCUGCGGUCGGGUCCGGAGCGGUCUGUGAGCUCCAAAUUGUUGCUCCAGGUUCUUUCAGGUCUGCGUGUCUGUUCUCAGCACUCUGCAAGGCUAGAAAAGGAGGAGGAAUCUGUUCAGAAUCCCUGCAGGACAGGAGGGGAAAUCUCAACAUGGAAAAACUCUGCAGUGAAAAUGAAGGAAUGCCUGAGAACGAAGAAAAGAUGGAAUACAAAGAACAGUCACAGGAUGCGGAAAAGCCAGAAGUAGCUUGUACUUUGGAAGACAAGGAAAAGUUAGAAAACGAGAGAAUGACAGAAGAUGAGGAGAUACUAAAGGAUAAAGAAAAGCCAGAGAGUAUGACAAAGCCAAAAGAUGGAAAGCCAGAGAGCGAGGGAAAGCCGGUGAGUGAGGGAAAGCCAGGGAUGGAGGGAAAGCCAGAGAGCGAGGGAAAGCCAGAGAGCGAGGGAAAGCCAGUGAGUGAGGGAAAGGUUGCAGGAAAGCACCCAGCUGGGGAUGAUGUACCCAGGAAGGCCAAAAGAAAAACCAACAAGGGGCUGGCUCAGUGCCUCAAGGAAUAUAAGGAGGCCAUACACGAUAUGCAUUUGAGCAAUGAGGAGAUGAUAAGAGAAUUUGAUGAGAUGGCCAGGGUGGAGGAUGAGGUGAAGAAAACCAGACAGAAAUUGGGCAGGUUUAUGUGGAUGCAAAAAAGUUUACAGGACCCCUUCCACCCGAGGGGCCCAAGGGAACUCAGGGGUGGGUGCAGGGCCCCACAGAGGGGCUUUGAAGACAUUCCUUUUGUGUAGUGCCCCUGGCAGGCAUUUGCCCAGGCCCUGUGCUUUAACCUUAUGCUAAUACUUGCUUUAGCUAUCACUCUGUUAUCCAGCUGCAGCCUUCGAUGUUUCAGUAGCAGAUUUUUGUCCAUUGCAUGGGAAAAUGUUUAUGGCAUAUUGUAAAAUUAAAAAGAAAAAAGUUUGGUGAACAAUAAAAA